AUGGCCGACCUGGAGAAGCGCGCAUCCGGGGAGAGCAGCGACUUCAGCAACCAAGACGCCUACUACGCCGGCCUCGACCCGAACACUCUCGUCGACCCGGAUGAGAAGCACAGUCUUCACCGAGAUCUCUCUGCGCGGCAGAUUUCCAUGAUCGCGCUGGGAGGCGCGAUUGGAACUGGGCUCAUCAUCGGUUCGGGCACUGCGCUCGUCCGCGGUGGUCCGCUGGGCAUUUUCCUGGGCUAUUCCUUCGUCGGGGUCGUGUGCUACAUGGUCAUGGUCGCGCUGGGUGAAAUGGCGGCAUACCUCCCUCACAAAAAGGGUUUCCCUGGUUAUGGCACACGCUUCGUGGAUCCCGCGUUCGGGUUCGCGCUGGGCUGGAACUAUGUUUUGAAGUACCUGAUCGUCACACCAAACAACAUCAAUGCUGCCGGUGUCGUCAUCCAGUACUGGACCCAGAAGGUGCACAUUGCGAUCUGGAUGCUUGUAUACCUGCCGGAGUUGAUCGGUUUCUCUCAAGUCUUCUUCGUCAAUCUUCUCGGUGUUCGUGUAUUCGGCGAGCUCGAGUUUUGGUUCAGCAGUAUCAAGGUCGUAACUCUCAUUGGCUUGCUCCUGAUGGGAAUCAUCAUCGAUCUGGGAGGCAAUCCCAAGCACGACCGGCUUGGAUUCCGCUACUGGGACCACCCGUACGGCCCCAUGGGCUCGGGCCAAUUUCUCAGUACCAAGGUCCACGACCACCACCUUGCUAUAUUCCUCGGCUUCUGGAGCACCCUUACCAAUGCACUCUUCGCUUACAUCGGCACGGAGCUUAUCGGUGUAACCGUCGGUGAAGCGCAAGCCCCACGCAAGAAUAUCCCCAUCGCUAUCCGGAGGACCUUCUUCCGUAUCCUUGUUUUCUAUGUUGGAGGCGUGUUCGUCAUCUCCCUGAUCGUCCCCAGCGUGGACGAAGACAACACUCUCUUCAUUGCAAGCAAGUCCAAAGCCGGCGCUGCAGCUUCGCCGUUUGUUGUUGCGACGACGCUCGCCGGCAUUAAGGUCUUGAAUCACAUCAUCAAUGCCGCUAUUCUGUUGUUCGUGCUGAGUGCGGCGAAUUCGGAUCUGUACAUCGGUACCCGCACCCUCUACGGUCUCGCCGUCCAGGGGCAAGCCCCGAAGAUCUUCGCGAAGGUCAACCGGACGGGCGUACCAAUCCCUGCGCUCCUCCUGUGUACAGCAUUCUGCGCGCUCGUUUUCUUGAACGUGUCUGCGGGCAGUUCCAAGGUCUUCGGAUGGUUCGUGAACCUGGUGUCGACCUUUGGUGCCAUUACUUGGAUGUGUAUCUGCUACACGCACAUUCGCUUUAUGAAGGCGUUGAAGGCGCAGGGCAUGUCACGCGACGACUUGCCCUACAAGGCACCCUUCCAGCCUUGGGGUUCUUGGUUCGCUCUUAUCUCGACCGCCAUCAUCACCAUCUUCAAGGGCUUUGACACAUUCAUCCCCUUCACGAAAGACACGUUCGUGACGUCAUAUAUCGCGCUCCCAACCUUCGCACUCUUCUACGGCGGAUACAAGUUCUACUACCGCUCGGUGCUCAUUCCCUCAGAGAAGGUCGACUUGAUCACUGGAAAGCGGGAAAUUGACGAGGAGGAGGAGCGCUUCAACAGGGAGCAAGAGGCAAAAGGCCCACAGACGAAGUGGCAAAAGUUCUUCGAGUCUCUGUAA